CCCCGUCGGGCGCGCCGCCGAGCCGCCCGCCGAGCCGCUGGCCGCGCCGCUGGGCCCGCCCGCGCCGUGGCCCCCCUCCCGCCGGCAUGACCGCCGCGUUCGCCCACGCCGGGGCGCCCGCGACCGCGGGCGGAGGCGCACCCCGGCCCCCGCCUGCGUGGAGCUCGCCCUCGGCCCCGGGGCCCGCUGCGGCUGUGAGGCCCGGCGUGCCCUCCUCGCCCAGCGGCUGGCGGUGCCCAGCGGCCGCUUCCGUGGGGCUCGCCGCCGGCGCGGCCCUGGCGGCGAGCGCGGCGCCGCGGCGGCGCCGCGGGCUGCGCCGCCCCACGGGCUCGUGGAGAGCAAGAUCCGCCGACGCGGGGUGACCACCGAAUCCCUCGAGUUUUCGGCGGAGUACGACAUCUCGAAGUACUCAGAGCAAAACUCCAUGUACGCAAUGAUCGGCGUGUUCACUAUCGUGAUGUUCGCAGUGCUGUGGGCGAUCCCCUGGUUCACGUAUUUGAAGGACGAGGAGGAGAUCGAGGAGAGACGAGGUGCAGGCGGCCGCCGUGGCCGAGGGGCCAGGUCUCUUCGACAUCAACGAUGGCCCUGGCCUGUUCGACGAAGAAUCCGUGCAGGAGAAGGUGAAGGUCGGCGGCAAGGCGAGGUGAGGCCCCCUUUUUCCGCCACCUGUAGCGUUUUCAAGGCGCCGCGCGACCUGGCGGUGCAGGGCGAGGGGGGGGGGCGUGUAUCAUCCGUCUGCUGGAGGAGCACGAGGUCGGUCGUCGGAUCGCGGACCGCAGGCGCUCACCGUCGGGGGGCGCCACCCGCAGCGCCUCUGCACCGAAACCCCGGGCCUCGGCAUAUGGACCUGGCCAGGCUCGGUGUGCGAGCAGGCGUGAAGACUUGGCGCCCUCCUGCAGGUCCGCUGGGCUCUCCCGUGUGUGUGUGUGUGUAUGUGGGGCGACGUCGGUUACCUCCUGCUGCUGGAGGUUUGCAUGCAGGAGGGGGGACGAGGACAUGACUCGCAUCAGGC